CCCGUGGUCGUGCUAAAGAUGCUUAGAGCAUGAAUUAAAAGUUCAAGCAACAUCUUUAGGAUGGGUCAGUCCGGCAUCCUAUUAUCUCUAGAUAAUAUGUGCCCAUGUGCGGAUGCGAACACACCGUCAUUGACUAUGAGACUAAGUCAAACAUCCAACACACACUAGUCUCACAUGCAUUAACGAUAUCCCACUCUCGUUAAUACUCGACUAUGGACAUUUAGAUAAAUAUUUAUUUCAAGAUGGAAGAAGGUGAAGAAAACUCCAUGUAUGUGGGUCACUGCAAAUCCGUGAUCGGCGUAGUGGGAGGAGCGGCGAUCCCUACUGAUUUUAGACGCAAGUACCUGAUUGGGACUAAUUUCAGCUCCAGUUGGGAAAAGCACGACCGGUAUGUCUACAGUGGCUCGAGAUUAAGCUUCAUUGAAUCUGCAGAAUGUUCAACAACAUCCACCCGAAACAUUAGUUUCAAAUUCCAGACUUUUAAUAAGCUUAAUUGUAGGGCAGUGUCCAAGGUUGAGGACAAUAGAACCAUAAACCUUUUCCUUGGGUCAAAUAAAUGGGGAUAUUUUGUGAAAAUCCAAGAGAUUAGAAGAGAAGGCAGUACAUUCCUUAUUAUCCCUUUUGACUCUACCUCUGAUGGCCCAAAACUUUUCACAAAGGCCCUCACCAUUUUCACCAAGAGAGCUUUCAAUCUUGAGGUAAGGUCUAAGGAGCCUCAGGAUUCACAGCUUCACUCUCCCAUUGGUAAUGUUGUUUCACCCAUACCUGCAAAUACAGGGCAGACUAUAAAUAUACAACAAAGUGGAGAUGUCACAAGUUCAGAGGUCUUAGUUGGUAAACCCACAGCCGAAGUGUUCCCACCCCUUCCUCGGAUAAUUCUUAGCCCUUAUGCUCCUGCCUUUGUGCCUGCUUUAUGCUCUUAUGCUGCACUUUUCACUCAGAAACAAGGAACCGAAGCUGAAACAGAACCGAAAGAAGACCCCUUUUCAAAUCUCAAUGGUCAAAAUUUGUUACUAUCCCUCAAUGCAGUGGAAGAUCACCCUAAGGAAAAGGAAGGACCCAUUCUUUAUACCCACUCCGAUGGGGAGGAUUUUGUAUUCAUUGAUACAAAGCUCAAACCUUUGCAAAUUGACUUUUCUAGAUGCUCAAAACACCCUCUCCAACUUCGUAAGGAACUAAAGGGCAGGAAGACGUACUCACCAUCACAAAUUGUUACGAGGAGUAAGGCUAAAAUCCUUGAGCAAGGAAGGAAAUUUAAUCCUAUCGGCUGGAUAGAAGAAGAAGACUUGUUAGAUCCCCAGGAAUCACAUGAAGACGAGAUCAAUGGAACAGCUAACAUAAAUGCUCUAAGAGCUGCUGCUGAAGGAGUUAAAAGAUUUGUAUACAUUUCGGCUGCUGAUUUUUGCUUUGUGAUUUACCUAUUACAAGGUUAUAUAUUAUGAGUAAAAGAGUGCUGCUGUAACUGAAUUUUUGACCCGAUAUACCUAUGGAGAAUUGAUUUUGAGACCUGGACUCAUCUAUGGAACUCGUCGUGUCGGGAGCAUGAAAUUGCCCCUUGGUGUAGCUGGAUCUCCUAUUGAGCCUCCCUGGUGUGCUAGCACAGCUGUGUUAGGAAGCUCCCUCUGAUUGGACGGAAGUACAAGGUACUGUUAAUAAGCUGGGACAUUGCACAUGAUGCUGGAAGUUGUUUUGAGGAUAAGGGACCUCCGCCGGAUUUUGGUAAAAGACUAAGCUGCUGUUUGCUCUAGUUUAGAUUCAUGCUUUUGGAUUUACACCUUUUGACUUUUUGUGAAUGUUUUCUUUCCCUUUGAUUUCGGCUUUUGUGUUGGAGCUGGCCACUCCUUUGCAUCUGAAGCUCCCUCUGAUUGGACGGAAGUACAAGGUACUGUUAAUAAGCUGGGACAUUGCACAUGAUGCUGGAAGUUGUUUUGAGGAUAAGGGACCUCCGCCGGAUUUUGGUAAAAGACUAAGCUGCUGUUUGCUCUAGUUUAGAUUCAUGCUUUUGGAUUUACACCUUUUGACUUUUUGUGAAUGUUUUCUUUCCCUUUGAUUUCGGCUUUUGUGUUGGAGCUGGCCACUCCUUUGCAUCUGCACGUAGACAAUAUAUUACGUAACUUACGCACUUAAGAAUAGGAAAAACAAUCAAAGGCCGAGUCGAUUCAUUUCCUUAACCACGAUAUGGAGGAUUGUCAACUCUCCACACGGCCCGGAGUCAUGCAAUUCAAAGGCCCAUUUUGAAAUAUACCUUAGAACCCCAACUCACCAAUCAAGCAUGAAAACAUACUUCCACUAUAGAAAAAGUUUAUAAAAGAGCGAAUUUUUUUUCAUUCUAACUCUCAUGCAUAAUCUAUUCACAAACCGCCAAUACCCUAUGCAUUUUAAUAAACUUUUUCUCCUAAU